AUGAAUUUAUCAUCUUUUGGCAUUGACAAAGUCGAAACACCACCGAAAACAGCCAGGACUAUAAGAGUUACAAGAUCAUCUCGAAAAAGUACCACACCAAUCGAUCAGUUUAAGAAUCCAAUUCUCGGAAUUGAAGUUAAUUUAAUUAAACAGCUACAACAAGUUGAAAAUGAAUAUCAUGGAUCAUCAUACAAGAAACGACAAAUACUACUUGAUGCAUUAGAACAAAUAGCUCAAACAAAUCUUGGUUUCAAAAAACAAAUUAUGACUGCUGUUAAAGCCUGGAGAAAACCUGUUGAUGACACAUCAGCAGAUAACGAUGUUACAGCAAUUACCGACUUGUUACGCGCCCAAAAUGAAUUUAAAACAGUGAAAGAAAAAUAUCAAAAUUCAAAAUCAAAAAUACAGCAGCUGAAAGAUGAGAUUGAAAGUACAAAAGCAGAAACAGAUAGAAUUAUUGAAGAAACACAGAAAAUGAAGCAAAAAUUGUUUUUAGAAAGUGAUCAUUUUGCUAAAGCAAGAAAAUUAACAGAAGAGCUAACUCAAUUGCAAACAACCUUCGAUAACAUGUUUAAACCAAAGGAAGAAGUACAACUUACUGGAAAUUUGGCUGAUUUGUCCCGAGAAAAUGAAAAUCUCAAGAAAGAACUCGUUAAAAUGAGAUUUGAACUUGAAUUAUCAAGUCAAAUAUCAAAGAGACUUAGAUUUAUUGAAGAAAGAGCAAAUAAAGAAAACAAGAACUAG